AUGCCAUCUAACGAGAUUAUAUUGGAGAUCUUUUUGACGUUUGAGAUCAACGCGUCCGCGCUGUGCGCGUCUAUGGUUCUGCUCGCGUGGAAAGUGAACGAGAAAAAUUCGUGACGUACUUAACCCACAUCUUCUUCGUAGAUUCGGAAAAUGUCCGCGUUCGUGUGAUUUCUCUUUUGCUUUUAUCAAAAUUUAAUUUACUUUUAUAAACGAUUGGACUUGCUGAAGUAACGAUUCGAAUGUUUUGCGAGAGAAAAUAAUGCUUAUACUCGCGUACGGAUACCAGUGCCAGAUACGAUAGCUAGGUGAGUGAACGUACGAGAGGUCCCUGAACGCUAAUAUUGGAUAUCACAGCUGGUAUCCUAACUUUUAACACGACAUUUUUAAUUUCUUGUCUUUUGACUUUCUCUUAUCCACCAAUCAUGUUAUUUUUUUACAAAAACUACUCUCUCAUGAUUUUUGUUAUAUAAUUACAGCAAUUUUGAGUUUUUGUAGUAAAGGGAUUUUAAGAAAUUUUUCUUCCUAGAACAAAUUGUUACCAAAAAGAAAAUCAAUGGAUUUUAUAUUCUAAUGUUAAUUUUAAUCAAUGCUCUGAAUUUAUUAUCAUUUUGUAAAAUAUUACUUUAUUAGCAGAAGGAUUUGAAAAAAAUGAAGGAUUUAUAUUGACUUAUAUGUAUGUUUUCUAUAAUAUGUAAUAUAUGAUAUCUUACUGGUAUAUCAAUGAUAUUUCAAAUUAUUUUUUGAACAUUUAUUAAAACUUUAUUGUUACAUAUUCAUAGAUUUUUAUAUAUAUAUAAUUUUUUAUAUAUACAUAAUCUUAUAAUACAACAAUAAAAUUGUGAUGAAAUGAUAAUUUUUUAAUCUACAACAUAAUAUAAUAUGUAAAUUUUGUUUUGUCUUGUAGGUUUUAUAUUAAAUAAAAAGCAGGCAUUACUGUCUUACAGGCGGUAUGAAUGUAAGUAACAUGUUUAAAAGUGUUGUAAAAAGCUAAGCAAAAUUUGACUUUUGUAUUAACAUAUUUGUAGAAUCCUUAUAGAGCCAGACCUGCUAGGUCUAGGAUAGAUCAUAGUUUAGGUUAUGGAGCUCAUAAUCAAAAUGUAUGGAAUCCAAUGUCUAAAGUGUCAUCAGAAGUAUCAUCAAAUGAUUCCACUCAACAGCAAUCUCCUUUAUUAAAUCAGCCAAAACAAACUAAUGAUCCUUGGAAUAAUUCAUGGAAUUGGGAUUUUGACAAACAGACAGAUAAUCAACAACAGCAACUACCACAGCAAGAACAACAACAACAACAACAGCAUUAUGUACCUUCAUGUACCAAUCAAGGACAACUGAUAUCUAAUUCUAUUCAAGAUCAUUAUUAUCAAAAUAUUAAUGGUAAUAAAAAUGAUCUUUUGAAUCAGAAUUCAACAUCAGACAGAAGUACAUCAGGAACAAUUGCGAACAGACCAUCAGUUUCUAAUCAUACAGAUUCUUUUGCAUCUUAUUCAAAUUAUAAUCAAUAUCAGCAAUAUCAGCAGUAUCCACCUCGAAUAAAUUCUAUUAAAUCUGGAUCUAUGAAUUUUGAUCAACCUCAAUGGACAGGUGAUCAACAAUCUCAGAAUGUUUCAUAUUUACAAAAAUCAAGUAUACAAAGUCAAAAAGAGCAAGCAUCACGUCCUACUCUACUUGGUAGUAAUUGUAAUUGGAUAAAAUCUAAUCAAACAAAUAUAAUAACUUCACAAAAUUGGCAAAAUCCAGGCGCUGUACUGGGACAUUGGCAAGAUUUAAAGCUAGAUAAAGAAGCACAAAAUUUUGAUGGCAUAGGAAAUCAAUAUACACCACCAAUACAACAAACUAAAUCUGGUCAGUAUCUUUUAUCUUCUACUGAGAAUAAAGAAGAUUCUAUAAAUGAUACAAAUAAUGCAAAUAAUUGGUCUAAUCAAAUUAAUAUGUCCUCCCAAUGGAACACUCAAAAUCGCGAAUCUGAAGUACCAAAUCAAAAUCAGCAAGUAACACAAACUUAUAGCACCAAUGAUGAAUUUAAUUCUUGGUCUAAAACAAGUACUGAAAUUUCACAGCCAUGGAAAAAAGUGAAUGACAAUAAUGCUCAGUGGCUACAGAAACAACAAGAUAAUAAUUUAGUAGAAGAAAAUGUUAAACAAGAAACAAGAAUUGGUUCAGUUACUACAAAUGAUUGGCAACAAAAUCGUACAAUACCAUCCCAUCAUAUUCAUCCUAAUGUUAUUCCAGCAGUAGAGUCUAAUAUAGAACAAGAAGAAAGAAAACGGUCUAUACCUUCAUCAAUUCCAAAUUCUGUAAGUUCUAAAGAUUCUAAUAUGUAUAUAAAAACAAAUAUUGCUAAAUCAUAUGUGUCUGAUUCCCGACUUAAUAUGACUGCUACUCCUGAAACUAUAUCAACUGCUGCAAGUUCUGAAAAUAUUUCUAUGCAAGAGAACAAUGAUUUCAAUUUGGUAAAUGAUUCGAUAGAAUGGAGUAAAAGUAAUUCAGUAGAAGAGUUGCCCACAAAAUUAGAACAGUUAAAUCUUGGCACUAAAGUAAGUAAACAUGUAGAAAGUCAAAAUGAGUCAAAAGAAGUACAAUCUGUUAAUCCUGAAGAUGGAUGGAAUCAAAGUGCAAUUUCCAAUAUUAGUGUUACACCUAAUGAUAUAUCUGGAUUGUCUUUAGAUUGCACUGCACUUGGUGCAGAAAAUAUUCAUUCUAAUGAUGAUCUUAUUAGUCAAGACCAUUCAGUGCUUAAUGCAUAUCAAAUGACAAAUAUUAAAUCCACAGAUAAUAUACCACAAAGUGGAUAUGAUCAAUGGUACAGUCAGGAUACAUUGUCACUCACUACAGAAAAUACAUUGUAUUCGAAAGAUAAUGUUCACCCACCUAAAGAAUGGAAAAUAGAACAAAACGUAGAAAACUAUGAAAAUAUUCAACAGCCUUCAGAAUUUGUAAAUUUAGAAGUAGUCGCGCCCUCAUUACAAAAACGCGAUAUAUAUGGCUCAAGAGAUUCUAUAAAUAAAGAAACUUUAGAUAAUGAUCCUAAACCAGUUCCAAUUUCUACCAAGGAAGUAAUUAGUACACGUGAUUUUAGACAAGAAAUAAAUAAUAUUGAAGUACCUUCCGUGCAGCAACCAACACGAUCUCAUUCGCAUCUUCAAACAGAGCAGGUACCAGAUAAUUAUGAAUUCGCGUCAAAUGAUAGAAAUACUUUUUUGGAAACUGGAGAGUUAACUGAUUCUCAUCAAGAACAUGAACCAACUCCGUCAAGUCAAGAUGAUGAAAAUGAUGAAGUACCUAAUGACAUUCCUUUCUUACGAGAAAUACCAGGACAAUCAAGCUCCAUAGAUCCACGGAGGAAUGAUCCAACUGGGCAGGAACAAUAUGUUCAAUCUGGUCAAAGAUUAUCUGAUCCAAGAAGAAAUGAUCCAUCUGGUCAAGAACAAAGUCUUCAGCUAAGAAAUAUACCAGAAAGAUCAGAACGACGCGAUGUUCCACCUGGACAAGAAAGAAAUGUUUCUUUACUUUCCCGAUCGGAUUCCGACACGAUAGAACGUCGGAAUGAUCCAUCUGGUAGAGAACGAUCUCUGCCUCCGCAACAAUCACGAAAUGAUCCGUCUGGAGAAGAAAGGUAUCAGUUACAAUCUCAAAUUAUGUUAGAACCAAAUGAGAUACGGGAAAUACCUGGAAGAGGUAAUGAAUCUGAAGAUCUUGUUCAGCAAACGGAUGAGAAUCUUAGACAAAUACCAGGCGGUUCGUCUCCAAAUGAAGCUUCUCAGUCUUCAGAUGAUAGAUCUAAUGGAAGAGUAGUUACAGGUUCUCAAGAAGUUUCUUCUAUAGGCACUAUACAGGAUCAAACCAGUGAUUCAAGAAAUAAACGCGAAGAAGCUGUGGGAGCAUCAAUGCGCGAGACUCAAGGAAUUUCUAGUGUAUCGAAUCGUAGAGAUUCAUAUGAAGAUGAGGAUGAUGAAGGCUCUGGAAAUAGUAGAGACGAUAGCAGAGAAAGACGACGUGACAGUAGUUCAGAAUGCCGAAGAUACGAAUACGAACGAAAAAAUGCAUAGUGAAAGCGAUCGAACAUACAAUACUCGUGACGAAUUUGAUCGUCGAGAAAUUCCUUACCGAGAAGAUGAUCGCAAACAUCAUAGUCGAGAUGAUCUAGAUAGACAUGCGAGAGAAGAAAUCGAUAGGAGAAAUAGAACUAAAGAAGAUUUAGAUGAUAGAGAUAUUAGAAGACGAUCUGACGAUCGUAGAAAAGAUAGAGUUGAUGAUGGAAUGCGACGUAGGGAAAGGGACAUUAGAGAUUAUGAUUUACGAUAUUGUAGAGAUCGCGAUUAUCUUGAUCGCGACAGAAGAAGAGAUGACAGACGAACAAGACGAUACGAUGAUUACGAUAUGAGAGAUCCAUAUAGAAGAGAGUAUUACGAUGAUCCUUAUAGUAGAGGGAUAUCCUGGAUACGAUUAUAAUGUUCAUUAUGCCAGUAACUAUUAUGCAUAUAUUGAAAAUUUACGACGUACAAAUCCUGCUGCUUAUUCAGAAUGGUAUCAUAAAUAUUAUGCUAACCAACAUCAGCAACAACAUAUUUCUCGUGGUGUUGUUAAUUAUCCCGAAGACAGAGCAAGUGUCCAUUCUGGGCGUAGUUCUUGCGAUGAAAGAUUUUUUACAAAUUCAAGUGCAUGCUUCUCGCCAAACAAAGCAUUAUAUGUUCCGUAUUUCGGGUAUCCUGGAUGGACCAGAAGUCCACGAAGACAGAAUUCAAGUUAUCAAAAUUUAAAUAGAACAACUGGUGAUAAACGAACUUUGGCUGAUAUGUCAAUGCUUGAAGAUUCAAUAGCUACUUCUGCACGAAUGACACCAACUAAAUUUUCUAUUUCACAUGUUUAUGGAUGUUUUUCUAUUGGAUCAUUGAUACAUGUGCACUCAGCUUAUCCUUCUGAUGGUGAAAGAGCCAAAAUAGAGAUUUUUAAAUUGGACAAUCUACUUUCACAUGAUCCUGUAGCACGUGAUUUACGUGCCUAUCCUGGUCCUCUAAUUAAGCAAGUGGGUGUUACUCAUAAAAAAACCAUUAUCGAAUAUUGUGAAAAUAAAAUUAAAAAGGCGGCAUCAAACGAAGAGAUGAUCGAUCGUGCUUCGUAUAUACUUUUAUAUGAAUUAAUGAUUAUGUUGAUUCAACAAAAUGGAAAUGUUGUUGGCGUUGAUAUAGCAGCAUUACUCCUUAGAAAUAAAGACGCGUUUCCUUAUGAUAAACAAAAAUCGCAGGAUUCAGAAAGAAGGGAAUCGGUAAUAUCUCAAAGAUCGGGUGCCUCAAUUACAGAUGGUGUUCAAGGCAAUCAAGAUAGUAUAGCAACAACCGAAAAAAUCGAAAGUAUUUCACAGAAAAGUAUGGAACAAAUAACAAAUGAGUUUAGAAACACACUACUUUACGGAUUAGUUCAAGAAGCAUUAGAAUAUGCAAUGAAUGAAGGUCUUUGGGGACAUGCACUUUUCUUAGCUAGCAAAUUGGAUAAACGUACGCAUGCAUCUGUAAUGACGCGUUUUGCUAAUAGUUUACCAUAUCACGAUCCAUUGCAAACUUUGUAUCAACUUCAUUCUGGCCGUAUACCAGCUGUUGUUACUGCUAUGUCAGAUCUUCGAUGGGAUGAUUGGAGACCUCAUUUAGCAAUGAUUAUAUCCAACACAUCUGCUAAUCCAGAAAUUAAUCGUCGCUCAAUUACAACUCUCGGUGAUACACUUUCUGCACGAGGAGAUAUUUAUGCAGCUCAUUUUUGUUACAUACUUGCACAAGUUGAUUUUGGUAUCUAUGGCGCAAGUAACGUAAAGCUUGUAUUAAUCGGUGCAAACCAUCAUAAAUCUUACAAUGCAUUUUUUACAACGGAAGCUGUUAUGCUCACGGAAAUAUAUGAAUAUGCUAGAAAUCUUAGUGAACCAGGGUUUACAUUAGUAGAUCUACAAACUUUUAAAUUUGAUUUGGCAAUAAAAAUGGUAGAUUAUGGAUUAAUAGAAAAAGCCUUACUAUACAUAGAACAAAUUGCAAUAAAUAUUUUUAAUGAGCCAUCGAAAUAUAAGAAAUCGUUUAUCAAUGCAGUAUACAAUUUAGGAGACAGGAUUCGAUAUCAUGAUCCUAUCUAUAAAGAUUCAGUUGAUGAAGCUACAACCUUAACUUGGUUCAAUAAUCUAACUGAAAUUGUUGAUAAAUGCCACGAGGGAAAAAUUAUCGAAAAUGAAGUUUAUGCUCUUCAAGCAAAACAAGAAUCAUACAACAAUAUACCAAAUCAAGAAGUGCACGAAAUUAAGCAACAGCAAUGGAGUACGAUUCAAUCCGAAUACAAAGAAGGUCCAACGUCUAUGAUGGAAGUAGCUACGGCUGAUACACAAUCAGAAUGGCAACCGAUAUCUCUACCAUCGAAUAUACCAGAUACAUAUGAUCCAAAUAUGCAAUAUGCAGGAAAUAAUGAAGACUCUUGUCAAUACCAGCAAUCUCAACAGCAAAAUUAUCGGAAUCAAAACUCUUAUUAUCAAAACAAUCAUGGUAGAAACGAUAGUACCAUCACAAAUUGGCAACAACAAUCAACAUAUCCUUCAAAACAAGGUGACAUUGAUGAUUCUCAGCAGCAGGAAAAAUGGAACUAUAAGAUGGAAAGGGAACAAAAAACACCAACCCUUGAAGUAAGUAAUUACAUGCUUACUGCGGAUAGUAAUCUCGAUCCUGAUUGGUCAUUGGAUGACACCAAUAUUAGCUCAUUACGACGACGCAAAGUAUUGACAAAUUCAAAUCGAUGCGUCACUCCUCAUUCUUCCAAUUCUAAUAUUAGUACUUAUACAAUUAUAUCAUCAGUUUCUAAUCCCUUUAGAUCAACUACUUCAGAUGAAAAAUCCAUGAAAUCACGAAAAAUGAUAACAUACCCAAAAAUCACAGCAGCUUAUCCGAGAAUCUUAUUAAAUAAUACAAUUCAUCAAAAAGACAUAAAUAAAAUAAAGAAAUUAGAUGGUAGAUACAUGAAGCCGCCUUCUUCGCAGCCGCCCAUAUUCCUAAAGUGUAAAAUUAAAAAAAAAAUAGAAAAUAAUAAAGACAAAAAUUCUGAUGAUAUAGAUGAAAAUAGUUUAUUGACAACUACUGAUUUAGACAUCCAAUUUAGUAGAGUAAAUUUUGAGUCUCUUACUACAUUUGAUUCCAAUUCAGAAAAUAAUACAACUGUAGCUUCUGAAAAUAGAAAUCAAACUUUAAAACAAUAUUGUAAUUUUGAGGACAAACAAGUUAUGAGGAUAGCUCCACAUAUUCGAAGAAAAGAUGUUAUUUGUGAUACAGUAGAUGCGUGGUCUUAUUCGAAUUCUUCACAGAAUCCUUCCACAGAAUUAUAUCAAUAUAAACCACUUAUUUUUGGUGGGACGUAUCCAAUAGAUUUACCAAUUAAACCAAUAAGUGACCUUUGUAUAACAAAAUUCGAAGAUGUUCCUAUAAAAAAAUCCAUCCCUAAAACUUAUUAUAUCGAUGUUCCCACAAAUUUCAUCACAACCGACGAUUUCGAUGACGCCGUCAACGAGAAAACAGUACGACCCGUUGGAAGAAUUGGAUGCUCUCGAGACUCCAAAAUCAACUUCAAAACCUGUAACUUCAACUAAAAAAACUUCAGAAAAGUCAAUUGAGAAAAAAUCUUCUAACAGUGGUUCUUGGUUUGGUGGACUCUUUAGCAAACUUGCUCCAAAACCAAGAAAUCAAAUGAUUCUACCAGAUGACAGUAACCCGACGAUCGUUUGGGAUCCAGUAGCUAAAAAAUGGAUGAAUAAAGACGAAGAUGGAGAUAAUAAUUCGGCUACAAUAGCUCCUCCUCCAAAAACUUCUGAUAUGGGAUUUAGACCACCUGUACCUGAACAAAUAUCUCAAUCUUCUCAAUCAUCUCAAUCACCUUUGCUAGCAGAUGAAUCCACUGUGAACAAAUUUAAAUUACCCAGAGGUAGAAGUAUGCGUGCCAAUUACAUAGAUGUAAUGAAUCCAGGUGGUGCAAAAAAUAAUGUAACAUCUUCAAAUAUAACAACAUUUUCAAUGGUACCUAUGGCUAGUUCAUCACCUCAAUUAUUUAUUCCUGCACCAGCAAUAGAGCAAAUAUUCGGUUAGUGAGACAAAAUUGUGUUGCAUAUGGCACAGUUCUCUCGAUGGAGCUCAACCAGCUCGUUAUCGCGAGAGGUGCAGAGCUACACUAUGAGGGAUCCGCGUUUUCUCCCACAGGACAAGGUAAUCCAAUGGGACCAAUGAUGUACAACCCGAAUGACAUGAAGAAUCGUUCAGUGAAGAACGUACAACAGAAUCGGUAUCCUCCACGAUAAAAUUCACAAGAUCACAUUAUUCAGCAAAUUGAAAUUUCCACUACUACACUGGCAAACAUACCUCAAAUUACGUAAGCAAAUAAUAGAUGCAUUAUAAGUUUUAGUCAAGUAUAUGUGAAUUUUGAAUUUCAACUUUAU